CGGAAGGGACGUGCGGGCCGAGGCAUGGCUCAGACGGCGGCUGAUCGGCCGCCGAAGGAAACCCUGUCGCUCUGGACACGGGAGCAAGCCCGGCUGAAGGCCCGCGUCGUAGACCGGGACACCGAGGCGUGGCAGCGGGACCCCGCCUUCUCGGGCCUGCAGAGGGUCGGGGGCGUUGACGUGUCCUUCGUGAAAGGGGACAGUGCCAGCGCCUGUGCCUCCCUAGUGGUGCUCAGCUACCCUGAGCUCAAGGUGGUGUACGAGGAGAGCCGCAUGGUCAGCCUGACAGCCCCCUACGUGUCAGGCUUCCUGGCCUUCCGAGAGGUGCCCUUCCUGGUGGAUGCCGUGCGGCGGCUGCAGGCGAAGGAGCCGGGCCUCAUGCCCCAGGUCAUUCUCGUGGAUGGAAAUGGGGUGCUCCACCACCGAGGCUUCGGGGUGGCCUGUCACCUUGGCGUCCUUACGGGUCUGCCCUGCAUUGGGGUAGCCAAGAAACUUCUGCACGUGGACGGGCUGAAGAACAACGCCCUGCACAAGGAGAAGAUUCAGCUCCUGCAGGCUGGAGGAGACUCGUUCCCUCUGACGGGAAGCUCUGGGACCGUCCUGGGAAUGGCCCUGAGGAGCCACGACCACAGCACCAAGCCUCUCUAUAUCUCUGUGGGCCACAAGACGGGCCUGCAGACAGCCGUGCGCCUGACCCACCGCUGCUGCAGGUUCCGGAUCCCCGAGCCUGUGCGCCAGGCUGACAUCCGCUCCCGAGAGCACGUCCGCAAGACCCUGGAGCUCCCUGGGCCACCCGCGCUCGGGCGGGAGAGUGUCGUGACCAGGAGGCAGAAAACGCAGGGGCCGAAGACUGGCCCCGAAGGAGGCUCAGAAGAGCCCACCAGUGCGGCCGGACCCCCCGCGCACUGCAGCCAAGGCCCCGGGACAGACCUGGAAGCCCCAAAGCCAGCCUCCCAAGCAGCAGGGCAAGGCUGGCUGCCAAGUGGAGCUGGGCACCGUGAAUGUGCAAAGGCCACUGGCCACCCAACUCCGGCCUCGGGACCGUGACCACCACCAGGGGCUGGUCUCUAGGGACUUUGGGAAACCUCACCCCAUAGCUGCAGGUAGAGCGCCCAGUCCCUGAAGACACACUGCACCGCUCAUGGGGCCGUAGCACACACAGCCCCGCUUGGGGUGGGUUGGAGGCGGCCGUCUCUCCCUGCUCUGGCAUCAGCUGGUGCUCCCUGGUCAGGGUGCCUUAGCAGAGGACAGCCCACGGGCCAGUGCCAGCCCUGCCAGCACAGGAGACUGCCUCCCUGGAGUCCACCAGCCUGGACAGGCACCCGCAGCUGCUGCUCCACCCGCCCCUUCGAACAUACCGGCCUCUGCUUGCUCGUUUCUUUUGUUUUUCGGGGUUCGUUUGUAAACCAGGCCCCAGCGCAGCUAUGCACUGUCCUGGGAGGGAUCCGAGCCGGGGUGGCCGGGCCUCAGUACCUGCCUUCUGUCCGUCCGGCCCCUGACGCCUGUGCCUCCCGUCAUGCAGCUGCGCGGCCUGGGAGGAGGGGAAGGGGAGCGUCAUCUCAGCCAAGGGAGGGGCGAGGGUGGGGGACACACGGGGCAGUCUGCACGUGAGGCAGGGUGCUGUGUCCCCUCUCCCCACUGCUCUGACCCUAAAGCCCCUUUGUAGGGCUGGACUGCAGGGGCGGAGGUGCAGAAGAGGCCCAGCCUCUGUAGCUACCCUCACUUGAUGGUGCAACCUCUAUUCUAGAAAUUUCCGCAGGAAGUGGGCCCACUCCAGGACAAGUGGGGUUGUGGGUGCGGAGCCCAGGGGAGCCCUCCCCAUGGCAGAGCAGGCGAGGGAGGAGGGAGAGGCCUUUUGGGGCUGGCUGGGCGGGCAGGUGCCAUUGGGUGCUGCAGACUCCCUGUCUGCUCCCUGGGGUGAGCAGGUUCCAGCAUGUUCCACAGGUGCCUCCUCAAGGGGACUCUUUGGGCAAGAGGACUGGCCCAGGUCCCAACUCCAGUCGAUGCCGUGCUUUGUCCUCCUGGGCACCUGUGUGCCCCUCCCAUGCAGGCUUCCACUGUCCCCAUCCUGUGACUGAGGACACCCCCUGUGCUUGUCACAGCGGUGGGUGCACAGGGAGCCCCCACCCAGGAGAGCUUUUAGGGACAUGCCUGUGGUCGCCACGGUAUGGAGCUGGGUUUGGGCACGAGGACAGUAGGAAAUGGCCAGGUCAUUUCAGGCUGCUGUCCAUCCGCACCGCAGGCCAGACCCACAGGACCGUUGUGCAGGGUGAGAGCACAAGCGUCGCCCCAGCUUGGUGGCUCAGGCCCUCGUGCCUCCAGGGUCAGCAGCCAAAGGAGGAGCCAUACUGUCAGCCCUGGACACUGGGGCCUUUCUUUGGGGUCUAGCUUUCCUUAAGACCCCUACCCGGUGGACCAAGGGGUCCCUUCACCGUGGAAGGGGGGCUCUGCCCUGCCCCACCCCAAAGCAGUAGCAGCUGGGGCUGGAGGAGAUGGCCCCCAGCCCUGUCUCUCCACUCACAGCAGACAGGAAGGGCCUUGUGACAGUCCCCGUGGGCCAGUGGGGGGGCAUCCCCAGAAAGACUCCCAGGUGAGGCCAGCUGUGUGGGCCACAACUGUCCUGCUUCUGGGUCAAGUUGGAAGGAGGUGUCAGUGACAGAGGCAGAGACCCCAGCCGUGUGCCCAGGGGACUGCCUUCACUCCUGCUUUUGGUCAUUGGCAUCUUCCUUUUCCCUGGGUAGUUGAGCCUGUGAGUGGCUUUUGAGGAGUCCCCCCGCCCCCGACUCUCCAGAUGCCCAGCAGUGACCUGGCCCAGCGUGGGGACAGGAGUGAGGCCCCUGCUGGGGACUCACCUGAGCCCCAGAUUCACAGAGGGUCAGGGCUCCAUCCCCAUCUGCCUACACCCGACCCCCACAAGGGCCUGGCAGAAACUGAUCAGCCACCCCACUGAGUCUUCCAGGAAGGCCUGACUUUGGGGGAGCAGGGUUCCAGGAGGAGGAGGAGGACAACAGCCAGUGUGUCACUCGGGGGUGGCGGUUCUCUGCCUCCUGGGAAGCUUUGUCACUGGCCUGGGGUUUCAUGAACCUCGAAGGGGCCAGAGUUUAAGUUAACGCAGAACCUGCAGUACACGUGGGGUGCAGGCCUGUGCCAUGGGCCCCUCAGCCCUGUCCUACGGCCACACCAAGGGCCUUCCAGCAUGUGAGACAAAGUAGCAAAUGUAAGACCAACGUUUGCGCAUCUCCGCACCGGCGUAAUCUCGCAAGCCCCCGAUGCCGCCACCGCGGCCACGCAGCCUUCCAGGGAGACGCUCUGAAGACCAAACACGGCGGAGCACACGGCCCCCACGUCUUGUGCCUGAAUCACUGUGUUCCUUAAAAGAUAAAUGACCCCAGUCCUCGCCUUGUCCUGCGCAUAA